AUGGCUGACCUCAGCAAUAUCCUCGCGGCCCUCGCAGCUCAGAGACAAGGUGGCACACCAUCGCAAGCUCCUCCUCCGCCUGUGCCUGGCGCACCCUACCCUCCCCCUCAGUAUGCCACGCCGACGAGCAGCACGACGGCAUACGGACUUCCCCAACCGAUCCAUUCUGGCAGCGUCGAUUUAGCGAACAUAAGACCAGUCAGUUCCGGCUCAGUCAGUAUUGCAGACGCAAUCGCCAAAGCUCGUGGCAUCGCGGCGGAGAAGGGUAUUUCUUAUGACCCCAGCAGACCUCCCCUCAAUCCCGACCCUCGUUCAGGUGGCCGGGGCUACCGGCGGUCCCGUUCACCCUCGCGGUCUCCACCUCGCUCAAGCAGGGAUGGCUUGCGAGAUUCCUAUAACCCAUAUCGUGAUGAACGGCGUAUCACCGCACCCAGUUACAGCAGGGAGCGUUCGUUCUCACCCCGAGGUGGACGUAACUCCCCCCCGAGAUAUCGGGAUGAUCGAUCACCAGGCAGGGACAGAGGGGCCGAGGGCGAUUCCGAAGUCCUUCCAUUGGACAAGGGCGUGGUGGGCUUGAUCAUUGGGCGCUCCGGUGAGAACCUUCGACGAGUCGAGAGCACAACUGGCGCUCGCGUCCAGUUCCUCGAUGGGCCGGAAGUUCCUGGGAGCCAAAGGCAUUGUAGGAUUUCAGGCAAUCGAUCUUCUCGGGCAGCUGCCAAAGCCGAGAUCUUCAAGAUCAUCGAGGACAACGAGUUGGCCAAGAGGGGACAAGACAAACCUCGCAGUCAAACUAAGUCUUCAGUGGUCACUACCAAGGAAGGCGACAGUCUGCAGAUGAUGGUCCCGGACCGAACGGUGGGCUUGAUCAUUGGCAGAGGUGGCGAGACGAUUCGAGAUUUACAGGACCGAAGUGGCUGUCACAUUAAUAUCGUGGGAGAAAACAAAAGUGUCAACGGAUUGCGACCGGUGAACCUGAUCGGCAGUCUGUCGGCUCAACAGUAUGCGAGAGACUUGAUCCUAGAAAUUGUGGAGAGCGAUCAAAAGGGCAUCAGCGUCAAGGAUCUCCACCGGGAGCGGGAGGAUCCCAACGGCAAGGUGAACGACAGCAUUGUUGUGCCCGGCGAUGCAGUUGGCAUGAUUAUCGGCAAAGGGGGUGAGUCAAUUCGUGACAUGCAGAACCAGACAGGAUGCAAAAUCAACGUCUCGCCGGCAACUGGUCGGGAUGUCGAGCGCGAAAUUGGGUUGAUCGGCAGCAGACACGCUGUCGACGCCGCCAAACGUGCCAUCAUGGAGAAAGUUGACACGGUACGUGCUCGAACUCAGGGUCGUGAAACUCACGAUGAGUACACGGACCGAUACCCGGCGGCCCAACCGCCCAGUUAUCCUGUUAGUGGGAUGCCUGCCGCCCAGCCGGCCCAGCCGACUCAACCGGCUCUCCCACCCACGGCUGCAGGUGCGGCUGACCCGUAUGCUGCCUACGGUGGCUACCAGAAUUAUCUUCAGUUGUGGUACUCGGCGAUUGCGGCGAACCAGCAACAAGGUGUUCCAGGUCAAGGUGAGCAACGAUAA